AUGGACUCACAUCUCUAUGAUGAACCACCUCCCUCGUACGAUGUCGCAGUGUCUGGUGACUGCAUGGAUGCUUCGACGUUGGUCCGCAAUGACGGUCGUGUCGAUGUAACUGUUGUGGCCAAGCAGGCAGGCCUAAACGAUUUUCUGCCUUCGAAUCUACCCACAGAAACGCGCCCGCUACCUGAUGUACCGCUGAGCGCAAUAACACCGUUGAAUAUUGUCAUUCAAAUAGUGGGAAGCAGAGGGGAUGUCCAGCCCUUCAUUGCUCUUGGCACCCGUCUACAAAAGAAUGGACACCGAGUUCGUCUUGCGACCCACGGGAACUUCAGGGACUUUGUUCACAAGGCAGGGAUAGAGUUCUACCCUAUUGGGGGUAACCCUGAGGAGCUGAUGUCGGUGAGUAUUUUCUUGACCCUAGAUCGCGAUAAAUUUAUGGUGAAAAACCCAGGAAUCAUACCGAAAAUGUCAACCAUUGCCGGCGGCGAGAUUGGUCGGAAACGCCAAAUGAUUGCCGAAAUGCUGGAUGGAUGCUGGCGGUCUUGUGUCGAACCUGACCCGGAGACGAAGAUACCUUUUGUUGCAGAUGCUAUUAUCGCAAAUCCACCAAGUUUCGCUCACAUACAUUGCGCCCAGGCUCUGGGUGUGCCCCUCCAUAUGAUGUUCACAAUGCCCUGGAGUCCUACCAAGGAAUUUCCACAUCCGUUGGCAAACGUGAAAGGUUCCGGCACGGAUGCUUCUCUCCGUAACUAUAUGUCUUACAGCAUGGUGGAGCUGCUGACAUGGAGUGGACUGGCCGACAUCAUCAAUCGGUGGCGUGUGAAAGCUCUAAAUCUGGAGGAACUGUCGCCGAGGACCGCUGCCGGAUUGAUGGAAGCCAUGCAAAUUGGCCAUCAUAUAUUGGUUCAUAAUCCUUCUCCCUCUUGCUAUGCUCUGACUGACCUGUGCCCUUCCAUAGAUGUUUGUGGAUUCUUCUUUCGAGAUGAGCCUUUGUACACUUCCCCGGAGAUACAAGAAUUCAUAAAUCGCGGAUCUAUGCCGGUAUAUAUUGGAUUUGGCAGCAUAGUGAUGGAUGAUCCAGCGGCUAUGACUGCGAUGAUUCAAGGAGCCUGUCAAGAAUUGGGCAUCCGCGCGAUCGUCUCCAAAGGAUGGAGUAAAUUAGGUCAAGGAUGCAACGAUCCUAAUAUUCUAUUCAUCGACGAUUGUCCCCACGAGUGGUUGUUCAAGCAUGUAGCAGCGGUGGUUCACCACGGUGGUGCAGGAACUACUGCAUGUGGGUUACUCAACGGCUGUCCAACUGCCAUUGUACCGUUCUUUGGAGACAAAAAGCUGACGAUGACUAGUCAGCCUUUCUGGGGUAAAAUGGUUGCAGCUGCCGGCGCUGGACCGUCACCCAUUGACCACAAAGUGCUUACGGUAAAACUGCUUUCAGAAGCCGUUGCAUUCUGCUUGACUAGAAACGCACAGCAAGCGGCUGCGUCCAUUGCUGCUAGGAUGAAGUCUGAAGAUGGAGUAUCGAAUGCAGCUGCGAGCUUCCACCGACACAUACCUUGGAAGGAUGUGAAAUGUGACCUUCUACCCUCGGAAGCCGCAGCCUGGCUCGUUGAUAAAAAGCGUGGACUGAAGCUCUCCCACAAGGCCAUGGUGAUCCUCUCCCAGCAUAAGCAGAUCGACAUGCAGCAUCUAAAACCGUAUCGAGCCAAGGAAAUGAGAAUUGAAAAGAUAUAUACCGACCCCUUUAGUUCAACAUCGGCCGCUGUUCUCAAUACCAUGACAGACUUCACAGUAGGGCUAGGCAAGUUGAGCACCAGCCCAACCAAAGGCAUGACCCAAAUGACAUCCAGCUUGGUCAAGGGGACUUUGGUGAACGCUCCGACUGCUUUGGCCGAAGGCUUGCGCAAUGUUCCCAGGUUGUACGGGGAGAGGCCAGAAAAGCCAGUGCCUAUAGAAGGCUGGAAAAGUGGCAUGACGCAUGCGGGAAAGGUAAGCCGUGAACCAUGA